AUGGCCUCUGCAACAUCUGCAUUUGCAUCCAAAGAAAAAGCAAAUUAUUAUCGGUUAUACCGCCUUCUGGUCGAGGUGGGAUCUGAGGUACUAAGAGAGACUUUUGAGAAGGUUCGUCCUUCAGGGGACCUUGACAAACUGUUAGCAAGUCCUCGAAUAAGUGCUAAGUUACGGUCCCUUUGGCAGAAAGAAGUCCUCAGCUCUUCGCAGUGGGACAAAUUGUACCCAUCGGUUCGAUCUACAGUUUCAUCGAAAGAAUUUGACACCGCCUUGCUAGGAAUUCUUCUGAUUAGCAUUUGUAAUCUUCAACCACCUGAGACUGGGUGGAAUGAAUUUCCCCCUAACACAGAUACAACUAUUCAAGCUGAUAUCAUUCGCUUACGUUUCUACUACAUUAUGGUUCACGAGCUCUCUAAAGGGGCUGCAAGUGAUGACACAACAUUUAACUUCUUCUGGAAAAAUAUCCAAGAUAUCUUAGUACGUUUAGGAGGAGAAUUUUACAGGAAGCCUAUCGAUGAUCUUAAAAGGGAACGUCUAGAUGCCGAUUGUGAGGAGCACUAUAAUAUGCUCUUUAAACCAAAGGGUUGGAGGAAAGAUCCUUCGCCAGUGGAGAGCCUAGUUUUAAGUGCGGUGGUAUCUGGAUUUAGUUUUCUAACUGGUCGUGUGCCAUCAGGUAAAAAUUUAUCCGUUGAAUACAUUUAUUGUAAGUUUCCCUUUUCAUUAUACCCGAUCACAGUUGAUUAAAGACCCUUUCUUCAUGAGGUACACUGCAUAUCUUAUUCAUGUAAAUGAAUUAUUGCUUUUGACAAUUUUAAUGCGCUGACUUGGUUCUGCGUGAUAAGAUGCAGGUUUUAUUUAAGGGAUAGACACGUGAUGGGACGGAGUCGAAGGUGGCUAAAAGUGAAGUUUAUUUGUUGAAAAUUUCAUAGCACGAGACAGAUGCGUGGAAAAUUGGCUAAAACGGGUAAUCUGGUCGAAAUGAAGCGUUUUCAGCGUGAAAGGUUCUAGUGUAGGUUCGGUUUUUUUCAACUGGGAAAUGGCACUAAAUGGGGCAAAGUCCUAUCAAAAGUGACUAGUCACAACAUAACUAGUCUAUAUAACUAUUGCAGAGGCAAUUCAGCCGUUCUUUUUUUCCUUCUUUUUUUCUCAAGAAAAUAACCAAGAGAAGAUUUUUCUUGAAACAACCCAAUAGCCGUCAUGGAACAUCUAUUUUUCUUUCGUUAGUGCCUUUUGUUUUUUUUAUGCUCUUGGGAUUGAACCAUCAAAUUUGGGGGGUGUUAUUGCUUAGAUUCACAGCUAUGUCUAACGUUUCUGUGCGCGUGUGCGUUUGCAUCAUUGCGAUUAUAUGAUGAUAUUCUUUUGAUUAAAUGCGGAAUUCUGUUGAUUUAGGAAAAGUAGUACCGUCGAUCGUGAUUCAUUUAUUAGCGGCUAUCAUGGCGUAUAAAAGCGACAAAUGGAAGAGAUCGCAAGAUAUCACAGCAAAGAAGAACGCAGGUGAGCAAAUAACAUUUAGGUGAUGAUUAUGUUGUUGUUGUUUCAGCAAGUACACUGGCCAACAAUUUCAUCAUUUUGCUUUGGUUUGUUUCAUGCACAGAGUACUUCAUUGUACCUGAAGAAAUCCUUGCACGUGGUCCCUUGACAGUACAUGCUUACAACAAGGCUCUCAUGGAGGGGAAAACAAAAGUAAGAAGGUUGCCAAUCAUGUUAAUUGGACAGGAUCGAGCUGGAAAAACAAGUUUGAAAAAGUCACUCAAGGGAGAGAGGUUUAAUGCCAAUGAAAAGAGUACCUCAGGAAUAGAGGUGGACCCCUCUCAUUGUGAAGUAACCACCGAGGUAUGGAAGCUACAAAACGUCGAUCAAAAUUGUUGUUAUACUCCCGCUUCUUCAUUUGAUCACCAAGCAGCACGACUUGUUGUAAAUGAAUUGCUUGAUACAAACGAGAUUUGUUACGGUACAAAUGGGCCUCCAACUGACACUACACGGAAUUCUCAGGCCAAAUACUAUUCCUCGGUGACCUGCGACAGCCUUCAAUCAACGCACGAGAUUAGCCACUCAAAUGACUCAGCCCAAGCGCAAGAGCAGGCCCUGACUGAACCUGGCAUUUCUGAAGAGUUAGUGGAUUUAAUUAGAAGUCAAUUGUUCGAAGAUGUUAAGUCAGACUAUGAGGAAGAAAUUUAUUCAACUCUGUGGGAUUUUGGUGGGCAGCUGGUUUACUAUGUCACACACCCUCUCUUUUUGACAAAGCGAGCUAUCUACAUUUUAGCCUAUGACCUCAGCUGGAAUCCCAGUGAUCCAGCUGGUCCAUCCGAGAGACGAGGAUUGUUUGGGAAAGUAGAAGACAGGUUUUGUUUGGAGACCAACUUUGACUACCUGGACUCAUGGAUGUCAUCUGUGGCUUCCUUAGUCGAUAAUUUUAACGGUCAUUAUUCAAAUAUCAAGCUAUCUGACAACCUGCCAGGAAUGCUUCCCCCGGUUUUCCUAGUUUGUACUCAUGCUGAUCAAGUAUAUGCGGAUCAGGAUCCUGCCUCGCUGGCGGCCAGUAUCUUUGGAUCUCUUCAGGGCAAACUAUACAGUUCCCACUUGUUUAAAAGUGUCUUUGCUGUAGAUAACACAAAGGCGGGCUCCAAGCACGAGUGUCCAGAGGUCAAACGUUUAAGACGAGAAAUCCUUUCCGUUGCUGAGGUGCUACCGCAUGCCAAGGAGGACAUUCCAUUAAGGUGGCUAAAGUUUGAAAAAGAACUACGCCUCAGGAUCAAUGAGGGCAUUAAAUGGAUCGCUUUUGAAGACGCAAGGCAAAUUGCAUUUGAACAGUGCCAUAUUUCUGACGAACUAGAAUUUACGACGUUGUUAAACUUUUUACACGACCAGCGUAUUGUGAUUCAUUUUUGUGACACACUGAGUCUAAACAAGAUGGUUGUUUUAGACAUGCAGUGGCUUAUCGAUGUUUUCAAGAAGGUGAUCACUGUUGAGCCGUAUGGUGUGGAAGGAAGUCAUUACAGAGACCUUUGGCUCAAACUUGAGAAAACUGGUAGUCUAGAUGAAGAACUGCUUGCGCACGUGUGGGGCGCUUUGUAUCAGCAGAGGGAAGUCUUCCAAAGUCUUAUUCAAAUCAUGGAGAAGUUCAGCCUUAUGUGCGAAUGGCCAUCGUCAAAUGACAGGAAGCAGUACCUUGUGCCGUCCAUGCUUAUGUCUUACCCGUCCGAAGACGUGGUUGGUCUUGUUGCAACUUCUCGACUUCCGUCUCUGUAUAUCUCGUUCCACUCCCGUCAGGUUCCCACCAGCUUGUUUCCGCGAAUGGUUCUACAGUUUUACCAAUGGUGUUCUGAAGAAUGGCCUAAUUCAUGCCAACCACAACUAUACCGCAAUUUUGCGAGGUUCCUGGUCCUACCUAAGGAAGGUUGUUCUAUCAUUCUCGUUUGCCACUCUUCCUUCAUCGAAGUCGUUCCUCACUGGGCAUCAGAAGUUUGUAGUACCUCCAACGGUUCGAAAGGGAACGCCGAUUUACCUGCCAUUGUGUCUGAUCAACCUCCUGAUGUUCACGUCGCACGGGCCGUCGGAAGGCAAUUGGGUUUGAUGCAGGAAUGUAUGCGCAAGGAGUUCCCUUGGUUGAAAAACAUGGAAUGGCAGCUGAAAGUGCUCUGUUCGGUGUGUUGCCGAGGGAAUUCCGUUGACUUUUGUCGCGACCAUGGAGUGAAAAAUUGUAGGCAAAAGCACUGCCUGCAUUUCUGGUCAGAAGCCGAUUUUCCUCGAGACCAACAGUUCGUUGUUUGUGAGAGGUCUGCUUGUGCUGCCGAUCCCAGAUUGGACAUCAAGAAGUUUGCACCGUGGUACACCUUUCUGGAUGAGCAAGUUAACGUAAAUAUAUAUGCUUAUUGUUGAUUAGAUUUGAUUAUUUCCAUAUUUCAUUUUAACUUCACAAUUGGCUAUCUUAUCAUCAACAAUUUGGGAAAUAGUUUCACAUUAAAUGGAACGCGCUUUAACUCAAUAACUUAAUUUGUAUUCCUUUUGUGCAUCUAUAGAAAGUACAAGUCCAUCAUGACGACUAUUUUUCAAGAAAACUUUGUUCUGUGGAGGGUGAGUUGGCCUGUCUCCUUUUGACCAAAGAUUUUGAUAAACUUUAUCAAUAUUACCAUUAUUGUCAUCAUAUAUUGUCAUUUUUAUAGUUAUUAUUAUUAUUAUUAUUAUUUUAUUAUUUGAGUUGGGUCAUUUCUUUUAAUCAACAGCGUUUUGAUAUCUCAUUAUAAAGUAAGGUGUGCUUCAUGUAAACUACCCUCCGUGUCACUAAGACACGUCACGCUAGCUUAUUGUUAGUCACGUGAAGAACUCUUUACCUUUAGGCUUUUCUUCUGUUCACUCUAUUUUCUCUUUUUUUUCGGUACAGAGAAGAAAGCGAAAGAACUUGUUCUCUCGAGUGGCGCUGUUGAGUCCCUUCAGUCGAGGACUGAUGCUUUACGUGUUGUCGUUCCAAUUCUGGACAAGCUGCAGUUAAGCCAAGAGGCUUUGACAAAUCCCGUACCUGAAACCACCAGAGUAGUCCGUUGCCUUGCCAGAAUAGCUAAGAGAGAAAAUCGCACCGACGUAGUGAAGCAUUUGAGGCAAAUAACUUCAGCUGGAACUGCAGGUAUUUUGUUCAUUACUUCUUUGUUAACUAUUAUUCAAGACUUGGCGCCAUUUUCUUUGUGUGUCGUAGACAAAAAAAUUCAGCCUUCAUAACGAGGGUGCUUCGAAUGACAUAUAAAUCUGAAAUUGUCGUAAUGACCAGGAUGUCAAGUAAGCUUACGAACUUAAAACUAAUUGCCUGCUUGAGUUUUGUAGCAAUAACAUCUCGGAAAAUCUGGCCAAUCUAUUUCCCGAACAGGCUAAUACUACUGAACAUUUCUUCAUUUGACUUAAAUGACUAUUUCCGCCCAUCAAAGUCCUUUUUAGGGCUGCACUCACUCAGACAAUCGACAAUCGACAAUCGACUAUCGACUAGAGUUAGAUUUUAGCGAUAUAAACGUAAAGUGUGGCUUUUUUUUCUCUUUCGAUUUUGCUUCCGUUUUUGUUUAUUCAUUUGUGUCUAUAGAACAGAGUUGAUAACGUAAAUUGGUCACCGUAAAGAGUUUCAAAGCUGAUGUUUCGAGCGUUAGCCCCACGUCAGAGCGAAGGACGAAGGGCUAAAUAUUCUCAUGCGCUCUGACGAAGGGCUAACGCUCGAAACGUCAGUUUUUUAAAUCUUUACGGUGACCGAUUCCGUUUUCAACUCAUUUGUUAAUACUAAAUUACCCUGUUAUACUUUCUCUACCGACGCAGCGCCACAGUUUCUUUAGAAAAUUACCGCCUCUAUAGAACGGAGUUGUCCGUUACCUUCUUUUCACCCUUUCGUUUUUCUCCAGGCGCUUGAAUUGAUGUGAUUUCAUGUCUUCCACAAUUUUAGUAUCCUUAUUUAUGAAACUUUUUCUUUUAGGUCCACUUUUGCCCGAAGAACUCGGUCUUCAAGAAAUUCCUCAGUCACAGAUUGUGGAACUUACGAUGAACUUGAGUGGUAAAAAACCGUUAAUUUCUCUAAAAAUUACAUUCGUAAUUUGAUAUGUUAGUCAAUAUUAAGCAAAAGUUACCAGUGAUUACUUGGUCUUAGGACCAAAAAGUUUUUUUUAGCAUUUUUUUUGUCAUGGUAAGUCAUAUCUUGCUAAUGUCAAAUGUCAAAAUUUAAAAAAUGAUUUUUUCAGUCUACUCUAUCUGUUUUCUUUCAUUUGUAAAUUUUUGUGAAACUUAAAUAGAACGUUAUUACCCAAUAGCUGUUGUCUCUUGAUCUAGUACCCAUCAAACGGUUACCAUGAUGGGCGAGGUUCUAUGGGGGUGGGCCUUUCGUUCUUUCUUCUUUCAAUAGUAUAAGCUUGUAACGAUUCUUCCUGAGACAAAGAAUUGAUUAACGUCCCAAUUUUCAGGAGGAGAAGAGUGGAAACUGCUUGCAGAAAAACUGGGUCUGAGGGCCGCCGAGAUCCGUUACCUUGACAAGAGAACCAUGAAUCCAUGUCUCGAGGCUUUAUUGCACAGCCGUAGGCAGCGUUUUAUUGACGUGGGUAUGCUUUACGAUACGUUGAUCGAAUGUGAACAGCCCAUUAUAGCUGACUUUUUAUAA